GCAAGGGAGAUUAUCCGGGCUCUUGCUCUGUGCUCUCUGUUGUCUGCUCUCUCUAUGUAGCAAUAGAGAGCACGAAUGUUGGUGCUACAGUUGCUUGCUUGUUGUGUAAAGAUAGUGGCAUGGAGAGUGGAACAGAGAGUGUUGCUGUGGUUGGCCUGGUGUAUGGCUUGUGCUUGUCUCGUCAUAUGGCUACUGCGUGUGUGUUGGAGUGCGCACGGUCUCAUACCACCUUUGCUCCCUCAUCCACGGUGUGUUGGCUCUGCAGGCUGGGUCAUCGCUACGGUUGAGUCAACGAGACUCAAGUUCCAACAUCCAAGCAAAACAGCCAGAGGUUGGAAUCCUCUUGCCGCAGAUGUUUUGGGAAUUGCGUGUCGCCUGGAAGUUCUCAAUCACCCGGUCUAUCGGGCGUCGUAGGCAGGCCACUGGUUGCCUCCACCUACAUGCGUGUAGCACUGUAUUGGGAUCCAUACUGGAGGACCCACAAAAGAAGCCCUGGGGCUCGAAAGGGUGACGACUUCAAAUAGGGAGCACAGCAGGGUACAGCAGUGUGUUCUGACUCCGCUGUA